GAAGUGUAGACGCUUCCGCUGGGCGCCGUGGAGCGGAGGGACGCGCGGAGAUGACGCAGGCAGCGCCGGAAGCCGCUCCCCUGUGAGGUUGCGGACCUCGAGCAGCGGCCUCAGGUCUAGGCGCCAUGGCUGCGGAGCGGACCCGGCCGCUGCGAGGCUCUGGAGGCCCGAGCGCGCCCAGUCGGUGUGAGCCCGGCGCGAGGUCCCGGGCCCAGGGGCGCUCGCUCAGGUAAAUUUUUCCAUAACCUUAUGGAGAGAAAGGACUUUGAGACAUGGCUUGAUAACAUUUCUGUUACAUUUCUUUCUCUGACGGACUUGCAGAAAAAUGAAACUCUGGAUCACCUGAUUAGUCUGAGUGGGGCAGUCCAGCUCAGGCAUCUCUCCAAUAACCUGGAGACUCUCCUCAAGCGGGACUUCCUCAAACUCCUUCCCCUGGAGCUCAGUUUUUAUUUGUUAAAAUGGCUUGAUCCUCAGACUUUACUCACAUGCUGCCUCGUCUCUAAACAGUGGAAUAAGGUGAUAAGUGCCUGUACAGAGGUGUGGCAGACUGCAUGUAACAAUUUGGGCUGGCAGAUAGAUGAUUCUGUUCAAGACGCUUUGCACUGGAAGAAGGUUUAUUUGAAGGCUAUUUUGAGAAUGAAGCAACUGGAGGACCAUGAAGCAUUUGAGACCUCUUCAUUAAUUGGACACAGUGCCAGAGUGUAUGCACUUUACUAUAAAGAUGGACUUCUGUGUACAGGGUCAGAUGACUUGUCUGCAAAACUGUGGGAUGUGAGCACAGGGCAGUGCGUUUAUGGCAUCCAGACCCACACUUGUGCAGCGGUAAAGUUUGAUGAGCAGAAGCUUGUGACGGGCUCCUUUGACAACACUGUGGCCUGCUGGGAAUGGAGUUCCGGAGCCCGGACCCAGCACUUCCGGGGGCACACAGGGGCGGUGUUUAGCGUGGACUACAAUGAUGAACUGGAUAUUUUGGUGAGUGGCUCUGCGGACUUCACUGUGAAAGUGUGGGCUUUAUCUGCUGGGACAUGCCUGAACACACUCACUGGGCAUACGGAAUGGGUCACCAAGGUGGUUUUGCAGAAGUGCAAAGUCAAGUCUCUCUUGCACAGCCCUGGAGACUACAUUCUCUUGAGUGCAGACAAAUAUGAGAUCAAGAUUUGGCCAAUUGGGAGAGAGAUCAACUGCAAGUGCUUAAAGACAUUGUCUGUCUCUGAGGAUAGAAGUAUCUGCCUGCAACCAAGACUUCAUUUUGAUGGCAAAUACAUCGUCUGUAGUUCGGCACUAGGUCUCUACCAGUGGGACUUUGCCAGUUAUGAUAUUCUCAGGGUCAUCAAGACUCCUGAGAUAGCAAACUUGGCCUUGCUUGGCUUUGGAGAGAUCUUUGCCCUACUGUUUGACAACCGCUACCUGUACAUCAUGGACUUGCGGACAGAGAGCCUGAUUAGCCGCUGGCCUCUGCCGGAGUACAGGAAAUCAAAGAGAGGCUCAAGCUUCCUGGCAGGCGAAGCAUCCUGGCUGAAUGGACUGGAUGGGCACAAUGAUACAGGCUUGGUCUUUGCCACUAGCAUGCCUGACCACAGUAUUCACCUGGUGUUGUGGAAGGAGCACGACUGAUGCAACGAGCCAUCACUGCUGACUGACUGUGGGUGCCUGGGCUAUGGGUUUUGAGUGCAACCUCCAUGGCAGCCGACUGCAUGAACCAAAGUUCUCACCUAAUGGUAUCAUCACGCAGUGCACAAUCAUUUAUCUAUAUUUGCCGGGGGGCCAGGGCUCAGGGCGGGGGAGGGCUGAUUUUAUUGACAUACAGCGCAGCAUGCUAAUUGGGUACACUAUUGACUUCAUUUGUACUUAGUUUUGUUGGUCAACAUAAGAGGAUGCAUUUUGGAUUCAUCUUUCUUGACUGGAAUCUUGGUUUUAAGUAAAGAAAGCUAAAGGAUUCAUUAAUCUGCUAAUUGGUUGCCUAUAAAAUCACAUUCAGUUUGUUAUUAAAGCUUUUUACCAUAGCCUUUUUGUUGUUUUGAAGUUGAAGCAAAGGUGCUAUGAUGUUGUUACAGCAACUUCGCUCACAUAGGACUUAAGUUUUCAUAAGAGCCAGUGUUAAAAAUACCACCCGAGUUCUGUGACAUUCAUAAACUCUCUACCAAAUAUAUUCAAAAGAAAGUCUGUCUUCCAGUACAGACUUUAAAUUGGUUGUUCAUAACUCAUUCUAAGUUUGGUUUGAGCAGAGUCAGUGUUGAACAUGUCUAAGAUGUGAGGGAGUUCUUAGUUUUUUUCCAUGUGGAGGAAGUUGUUCCUCAGUGCCCCAUAGCCUGGGUGACUGCACAGAAGUGACAUUCUGUAGUAGAAAGAGCACUGAAAUGAAAGAUUGGAGACUGGCUCUGUUACUUAGUAACCUUGUGACCUCAGGCAUAACACUGCUCUGGGCCCCAGUUUCCCUGUCUGAAAAGCCUAUGUUCGAGCUAAGUGAUUUCUAAGAUUCCUUCUAGUCCUAGGUCUGCUGAGGUAUGCAGUUUUGUUUGAUCCUUGAUUGAUUGUUUCUUUGGGGUUGGAGAUAAUUAAAUGAAAUCACUGAUACAAAGUUAUCUAUAAAGAAAGCAGAUAUAUGAAAAGGCUGGAUAAAAGGGGCAUAGAGAAAAUGUAACAGAUUCCAUUUAGAAAAUGUAAAUAAUUGGUGAGAGAAAUGCCAAUUGAGUGAUGGAUGAUUCUGUAAAGAGGCAGUUUGCUGUAUUAGAAAGAUACCUGAACCUGAUUUACGUUCUUCCUUUACCUUUAGUUUGAUGUGUGACCUCAGGCAGGUUAACUUUCUGUCCCUAUACCCCUGUUUUCUUCAUCUUUAAAAUGAAGGAAUUGUCCUAGCUAAAGGUUCACAGACUCUAAUACCUAAGGAAGCCAUGCAGGAAACACAGAUGAGUGAAGCAUGCUGGGUAGUAUUAAUCUGAACCAAGGAAAGUUUAUCAGACCGGGCCAUUUACUCAUUUUGUCAUAGGCAGAAAUAAGCCCAAUGUUGGCAGGUCUUCUCAUUUUUUCAGGAGGAACUGGCAGUCCAGAUUUUUUAUAUGAAAUCCCUGGAUUUUUGAAAUGUUGACAACUAAUAGAAGAUAAUUUAAAAUAUGGUGAGCUAAACAAAACAUAUCUACAGGCUUCCAGUUUGUAUCCUCUCCUUUUGUUUCUGUAAAAUUAGGUAAUUCUGUGAUUCUGGAAAUUUUAUUUUAUUUUAUUUUUUAGUGGAAAUGUUUUAACCCAGCUGUCAUAACCGUUAGGGAGACAGUAAGAGAGAGCAAAUAGUAAAAAAAAUCUCACCUACUCUUUAGCCAUUUCCCAUUGUUUUAAAGGGGAAAGGGGAGGCAGAGUUCAUUCACAGACAAGUAGGAAAGUAGUUUGAAGAUGACCGUAAGAACUCAAACCUCAGUGAAAGCCUCUGCCUGGAAAUAUGAGUUGUUGUUCUUGCUGACUCUGAUUAAAGCAUAUCCAUUUUAUAGAUGGGAAGGUUGUUGCUGGUAGAGUGGAGAAUGAUGCAAACUAUGUAGAGGGCCCCAGCUCUCACAGAAUCCACAUUAGCACAGAGCCUGACAGUGGACCUCUAAAUGCUGUGGAAUUAGUGUUUCAAGGCCACAUUUAGUUAAUAUCCAUGUUGAGACUCCAGGGGAAUUACAUACAGAAGAAAAAGCAAUACCUUCCUCCACCCCCAAAAUCUGGGUUUAAUCCAUUUCACAUUGAGUUCUGUGCAUGAGCUUUGCUUAGUCCUUCAAGAAAUGGAACUAGAAUUCCAGCUAGAAUCUGUUUUGCAGGAGUCUUAGGAGACUUGGGGCAAUGAUAUAAGGAUAAAUAAAUUACUUGUUCCCUUUCAACCAGCUUGACUAAGUGAGAUUACAGUGAUCUAACAACCAUUCCUACCCUUGUCUCACUUUUAUAUAUAUCCAAGAGCUCCAAAGGGCAAGUAAUUAUAAUUGUAGCCAUUUGUGGGGAAAAUUUUUUUUUCAUGACAAAACUGUAUCCCCAUUCCAUGUUGUCACUCUGAAGUGGUGAAUACCCGAGUUAGCAUCAGGGUGGUGCUUGGUGUGGCUGGACUUUGAUAGCAGUACUUGAGGCAGUGGCUGGAGUCAUAACUUUGAUUCCUCGUUUUCACAGGCCUUCAUUUUGUCUGAGUGUUUUAUUUAGUUGCUUUAUAGAUGUUGGGUUUAUUCAUAAUACUGCCAGCUUUCAAAAAAAUAGAAAACUAAAGCAAAGUGGGGAGUCAUGGAGUAGGUGGGGAAUAACUAAAGAUGUAGCUCUUCAGUCUUUCUUCACGUUAGGGGGCUGUCUCCCCUUCACAUUGACUUCUGCUUUACCAGUUCAGAGUCAAGGGAAUUGCUUUUGCAUUUUCUAUUAUUAAUAUUUCUCAUCUCUGAAAAUUAUAAGUUAUGAGCAGAGGGACCCAUCCUUUUUUAAGAGUCUUGGAUUUCCUAGAUGACAUUGAGGGACUUCUUACCUCUCAGGUCCAUAAACGGAACCAUAAAAACUUCAGGCUCCAAGAUGAAAACAGGUCCAGGAGAGCUCGAUGGGUGUGAGGCUUUUAGCAGACUCUGUUCCCAUUCCCAAGGAAGGUAGCUUACUCCAGCCCCAUUAUAUGAAAUAAUAAAUGUCGUCAAAACAGGCCUGACCUUUUAGACCUAUCAGAAAAAUAGAAGAAAGGCUUCCUUGGGGGCUAGAAUUUGAAGUUUCCACAGGAAGAUAAACAUGCCUGGAUAACUUUUCCCAAGUGGAAGGAAGGUGGGUGUAUUGCUAUCAAUUUAAGGUUUGUACUUCGUUUUUCAUAGUUCAAAAAUUAUUCUACUUUGGCUGCUGAAAACGCUUAGCAAAGUUUGAAGUUUAUAUAAUCAUUAUAAUAUUUACUUACAUGAGAAUGAUUGUUGGCUCUGCAUUUCUAAAACAUUUUAGGAAGAAAAGAAAUAUCUCUGGAAACAGUAUUAUUUUAAAAAAGAAGAAAUUGUUUCUAUUAGGUGCAUUUUGGCCCAACAGAAGCAGCUAAGGAUGGUGGAGCCUGGCUUUACACAUUUCUUUGGCCAAACACAGAUAGCUCCUUGAAGCUGUGGUUUUUGCCCCUUGGCUUCUAGGAGACCUAAAGGUGUAAUUCUCCCACCACCACUCUUCCAGCUUUCACGGCCUAGGAGAAUGAAUCACUUGACUUUCUCUCUAGGGAAAUGAGCAGAAUCUGGUCACUACUCUAGCAUGCAGCCUGGGGCAAGGCACACAGUCACUUUGCCUGUAGGAAUACAGAGUUGUCAGUUUGGUGGAGAAGCCCUUUUGGUCUGUCCCCUUGAUAAAGCUUCCCUGUCUCAUUGUACUAGUACUUGCCAAGAUGUUUUACGAGCCUAGAUGUUCUUGAGCAUUGUUCAGUCUGCAGAUAGAGAACCUGAUGAAAAGAACUGAUUAACAAUCUUGACAGAAAUGCCCAUUAGCCAUCUUCGGCAAUGUUUCUGAUCAGAGGUUCUCUGUAUCUACUGUAGGAAAGUAAACUUUUUCAGAAUAAAUCCUCAAAUGGAUUACUGGAUAGUCUUUGCACCCCUGCCAUCAGCCUAAUCAGGGUGAAUGAACAUGUCAGGUGCAUAAAGGUGUUUGUCAAGUUGUUUCCAUACGUUUCUGGUCUUCCUCAGCCCUUCCAAGAAUAAUUCAUUUGCUUAAAGUGACUGUUACAUCUUGAUCAGUGUAAACCCAUUUAACUAUUGCAGUUUAAAGAAUCCACCUACUUCUGUUCUUCAUGAAUGUGCCCAAGUAUCAUGUGACUUUGAAUAUUUAAACUUGGCAAAUUACUAAUUCAGGUGAAAUAAGCUCACAAUUUCUUGGUGUCCUUAUACUCAUAUUGUGAACAGGCAUGUUUCCCUAAUUUAGACUUAGAACCCUUGAUGAGAUGUGCUCAGGUUGAAAAAAGCUGGUCUCUCACCAAUCCAACAUCUGUAGCAACAUGGUGAAAAUUCAUCAACUCGUGUUUCACUAAUAUGAUGUAUGUUGUGAUCUAGGGGGAAUGAGAAGUUUAUAUUUGAACUCUGUGGGGAGGGGGGAAGGGGAUUGCUUAAGCAAAUAGUAGAGUGAUUGUGGAACAAGAUGUCUCUUUAAGAUGAGAAGGUCUUUUCAUGCAUCAUAGAAAGAAGCAUUCUUUUACCCAUGAGUGUGCAAACUAUAAAUCAUUUAUAUCUAUACAUUAAAGCAGGUUCCCUUGAUUAGGCAACAUUUGGUUAGCCAAGCCUGUUAUUGUUUGUACUUGAAAGUAAUAAAGCUGCAUUUCCCUAAAAAUA